UCCUAACUUCACACUUUAUGUUUGUGCUACUUUACUGAAAUUUUUUUUUUGUUAAAUGUCAACAUUUUACAAAGUUUAAACAAUGGAAACAGAAGAUUCUCCCGAUUCACAAGAAUUAAAAGCAACUAUUGCAACAUACAAAAAGUUGGCAGAAGAUUUCUCAAAUCAUGAUACAAUUUUAAAGGACAAAACAGUACUUUCGUACAUUGCAUUUAUAAUGGAAAAUCCUGAUACAGAAGUUGUGGAAUUAGCAUUGGAUGUCCUUGAGAUAUUUGUGAGAAAUUUAGAGAAUUAUUCACAUAUAACCUCAACAUUUGGUGUUCGAGAAGCACUUGAUUCAAUAAUUGACAAAUAUAGUUUAGAUGAGCCAAAAAUUGCCAAACACGCUCAACAUAUUAAAGAUAGUAUAGAAAGAAUGAAACCACCAAUUUAUAAUUUACGUAGUCGAUGUCGACGUGUUAUUGAACCAAAAAAACUUCGAACACACGUUAUUGUUUUACACGUUCACGGCCUUCUUCCUGAAACUCGAGCUGAUUUAGAAUCAACUUUAAUAAGAAUUGAGGGUUUAAUUUCACUUGUUCUUGACGUGGAACAUCAACGAGUUACAAUGAGAACUUUAGUUAAUGUCACAUCGAAACAAAUUGCUGAAGCAAUUCAAAAAAAUAAUCCAAAUAUGGAGGCUAGAUUAGUUACUAGAAAUAAAUAUAAUCAAGAAUUUUUAGUUAAAUUGAUAAGUACAGACGCUGGGGAUUGCGAUAUAUUACCAGAAUAUUUACCCGAGGAAGAAGAACAAGAAGAGGAAGAAAAAGAAGGUGUAAUUUCCAUUUUUACUGGUUUAAGACAAAGUGCGUCUUCCCUUUAUAAAUCGACAGCUGAAUUUCUUCACAAUUCCUUUUAUUGGUGAAUCGUAAAUUCCUUUUUUAUUUAGUAUUUUAUUUAUUUUCUUACGUGCACCAAAAAAAAGGAAGAACCACAAAAAAAUGAGUUUUUUGUUCGUGUGCAUUGACCCGUAGGAAUUUACCGCAAAAUGGUAUAGAAAACAAAAAAAAAACCGUUAAGAAAAUUAUUAAAUAAUCCAUUAAAAUUGUUGUCCUUUUAAAAAUUUUUGCGAUUAUUUUUGUUUAUGACAAUCAACCAGUUUCUUUGAAAUUUUUUGUUUCUGUUUUUUAUAUUUCAAAGACUUUUUGAACUCAGUGUUCUUGCCAAAAUUUUUCUCAAAGAAGCUUCUAAAAAAAAACUUUUAGAAAUUAUUCCUAGAAUUCAGAUCUAAAAUUGAAAAUCGAUCUGCAGUGAUUAAAAUAAAAUUUAGAAAUUGUAUAUAUAUCUUUCAUUCUGCUUUUACAUAUUUCGAUGAACGUGAUUUUUCGGAAUUUUUAAAAAAUCUUCAUUAGAAAAUUAAAAAAAAAAAAAGAAUCUAAUUAAUAAAUGUUUACAAAAAUUGAUUGUAAAUAAUUUAUUGAGAUUAAUUUGUGUCUCAAAAAUAUUAAUUAAUCAGGCAAAAAUUUAUAUUCCCUGCCUGUUCUCUAUAUAUAUAUAUAAUCGACUAGUAAAAAGUUUUCAUCUUUAUAUUUUUGUGAAUAAGAAAAAAUGUUCAGUUUGUUGAGUAGUUUAAUAUUUAGGCAUUUUUUUUUGUGUGUGUUAUGGAGAGAAAAAAAAAGAUUUAAAAACAAUCUUUUAAAAAUAUCUAUUCCGUAUUUCUGCGUGUAAAGAAAAUUGUCAAUAGAUUAUUUAAAGUUAAAUGUCGACGAAGCACUUUAACAGCAUUUUCAAACUCGAGCAGCAUUAUAUUUAAAACUCAUAUACUCAUCAAUCGCAAGGCUGUGUAAAUCAAAUGUUUUCUACACAUAAUAUUACUUUUUUCUUUCUUCUCUGUUUUUUUUUUUAAUUAAGUUAAAAUACCAAAAAAAAAAUAUACCUAGCUAUGUAUAAAUAUUUUAAAUGUUAUUUGAUUAUAGCCAUUUGCUUAAAUAAUUAUUAUGUUCCUUGCAAGGUUAUCAAUUGAAAAUAAUGUUAGAGCUGCGUUUUGUUAAAAUUUAAAUACCAAAUUCAAUUACUGUUAAUUUUCAUUUAAUGUGUUUCAAUAAAUAGCUAUAUGGCUGAAUUAAAAUUGA